UUGACUGUUGUCUUGCUUGAGGAGAGCACUGCCACAAGAACCGAAACUGUGUUUUUACGCUGAACCCGGAGCGCAGCCGACGGGCACACGGAUUAUAGCGAUGGCGAGGAAGAAGAGCAAGCAGCAGGGCACAGGAGCCAAGGAUUCGGUGUUGGUACAGCAGCAGCAGAGCCUGUCGAAGAAGCCCGGCGAUGCGGGAGCGGGAGCCGCGGCGGCCGGUGGAGGAGACGCAGGAGCGGCCAGGACCAGUCAGUCCAUGCACACCUGCUGUCUGCUGUGCCACCGUGAGUUUAAGGACUGGGGGUCAGGCGGGGCGAACGGUCUGCCCGCUCACGGCUCCAGACUGGCCGAGGCGGUGCCGGCGCUCUCUCAGGCGCUGCUGCGGGACGCUCCGGGCCGGACGCUGGCGGACGCUGUGCCCUCGCUGUCGCAGUCGCUUCUGGGUGAAGUGCCGCUGUGGAUCUGCCAGAGCUGCAGGAGGAGUGUGGAGGAGGAGGAGAGGAGGACGCUGCAGGAGCAGAACACACAGGUACCGCUGUCCCACUCGUCCUCAUGUAAGUCUCAGAGCUGUGGGAACGGUUAUCCGGAGAACAGUUCGGUUGAUUGGGAUCCCAGCUCGUUUCUCUCAGCACGCAAACUCUCCGGCCUGUGGAACUCGGCUCAUUCUAAUGGAGGAUCGCACUGCAACCACAACCCCGCUGCGCUUCCACCUGGAGGAACGUUGGGACCAGCUUGCCACGAGAAGAGAUCCUCUCAUGAUGCUCCGGGAAAAGCUGCCAAAACAUUCGGCACUAAAGUCUGUCCCUACAGUCAUCCCGCAUCCCAGAAUUCCAGUGCAGCUUCUCCCGGGACACUUUCUGCUUCCAGCGAUGCAUGCAAGACCAACCCCAAGCACUUCAAGACUAUGUGUCGACGACCAACGCCUCCAGGUGAAGCGUUCCACCCAAACGACCACCACCAGUCUGCAGACCUGUCGGUGCCGCCCAACAGUCCGACGGGUUUGUCUUCCCAGCAUUCCUCACUGCUGCCUCCCAAGCAGAACUCCAGUCAGCAUGUUCACGGCUCUGCUAAUUCGGGACUGCCUUCGCACGCUCCCUUUUCCCCGUUGGUACCAAACAUUCACGCUCCUGCAGCCAAGCACUCGAGCGGGCCGGACAGUCCGGUGGCCCUACACAAGCCCAGCGCCUGCAAGAACGCACACAUUCCCGCUGUUAACACGCAACACGGCAAACUUAGCAACUCGCUUAUAGGAUGCAGUCACCCGUGCAACGGACACAGUAACGGCAGCUCUGUAGCAUCACCCAAUGCUGGACACAUGACGCCUGGGGCCUGCAGGGACCAGGCUUGUAAAGGACACAAGGUACCCAACGGAUCGCUGUGUCACGCUUCGCCCUGCGAGCUGGAGGAAGGAGACGAUGAGGACAGCAGCUCUGAGCGCAGUUCCUGUGCAUCUUCAUCCAACAACCAGAAGGACGGAAAAUACUGUGACUGCUGCUACUGCGAGUUCUUCGGCCACAACGCGCCUCCAGCUGCUCCCACCAGUCGCAACUAUGCUGAGAUUCGGGAAAAGCUGCGCUCCAGACUGACCCGCCGUAAAGAAGAGCUUCCCCAGAGGCAGGAUCUGGACCCGGCGGCGCCCAGUGCCAUCGACCACCGAGACGUGGACGAACUGCUGGACUUCAUCAACAGCACCGAGCCCAAACCCGUCAACAGCGCCAAGGCGGCAAAACGGGCACGGCACAAACAGAAGAAGAAGGACAAGGAGCGGGCUCUUCAGGGCAGUAUGGAUGCGGUCGGCAGUGAACCACGCUCCGCUUCACCUCCAGACCCCAUGGAGGACUCGGCUCCAGACGCAGAUGCUAACCGGCUCCUGGAGUGGCCUCAGCUAGAGCUGGAGCGCGUGAACAGCUUCCUGACCAGUCGUCUGGAGGAGAUCAAAAACACCAUCAAAGACUCCAUCCGCGCCUCCUUCAGCAUGUACGACCUCAACCUGGACGUCAACGACUUCCCCAAAAAAGCCGCGACGCUUGAAGGAAAUCAUUUGCUUUCUCACCUCAACGGAUCGUCUGAUCUGCAGCAGAUCGAUCUGGACCUGGCGCCGCUCUCGCUGAGGAACUUUAAGAGAGAUCUGGACAUCGUGAACGGUUGGGAAGACACGACUACAGCCGCCAAAGACAUCCAGAGGCUUCACUCUACGCCCAGUCUUUCCAAACUCAUCCGCGUGCGCUCGCCAGAAAGAAUCCCGACUCCAGAAUCCACCCCGAACGCCGCUAAACCCAGUGAAGCGCUGCCCGAGAUCAAGAGUUUAGCUGGAGCCAAGAUGAAGAAGAGUAAAAAGCAGCAGGACAUCAGUGCAAAAACAUCAACGCAUAAAACGCAGGACAUAAAAGCGGCGGAUUGUGAUAAGAGCACUAAAGGGGGAUGCAAAGCACAGCAGCCGGAUGCACAGAAGAACGGAAAUAAGAAAGUGGAGGAGGUGAAAGUGUGUAAGCAGACGACAUCCAAUGGUCAUCAUAAUACUGGAGCAAACACACAACAGAGGGUGAAAAACGAGCUGUCGGACACACGGGGAAGCAGAUCGGAGCAUGACGGAGACACUAAAAGCAUCAGCAACACUCCCAGUGCACAGCAGCCCAAGGGGAAGACUAAGAACAAGAACAAAAACAAGAUGGAGAAGCCGAGUAAUGCUAUCGAUGAUGUGUUUCUUCCCAAAGACGUGGACCCUACAGAAAUGGAUGAGAUUGAUCGCGAGGUUGAAUAUUUCAAAAGGUUUUGCCUGGACUCUGCUAAACAGACCCGACAGAAGGUGGCGGUGAACUGGUCCAACUUCAGCCUCAAAAAGAUGCCCUCAAAUGCAGCUCAGUAACAGAUGGAGGAGCCGGAUGCAGAACUGUACUGAAAUCUCCUUUUGGCCUUGGGUACAUAAACCCAGCACUCGACCGGCCCGCUCACAGCCCUUCUGCCUCUCUAUGCCACGGGAAAUUGAUUUAGACCACCACCAUCACCAUCAUCAUCAUCAUUAAACACUUUUUAAUUUCUAGCUGCGUCCUGACCUCAGUCCCACAAACCUGCAGCUUGUGAUUGGGGUACUGAUCCACUGCUUUGUGUCGUAUGUACACGGUUGUUUUUACAAUAAAAAUGUUUUUAAAAUAUGAAA